AUGUCGUGGUUGUUCGGUUCUUCCAACACUGAAAAGGCUGCUGCCGUUGCUCCGGCCGAGUCUGCGCCCGCCGAGAAGCCCAAGCCAUGCUGCGUUUGCAAGACCGAAAAGACCGCCCGCGAUGACUGCAUGCUCUUCUCCAAAACCGACGAUCCCACCCAGGAGUGCAAGCCCAUGAUCGAGCAAUACAAGGCCUGCAUGGCGGGUUACGGUUUCAAGGUUUAAGCCAGCCCGCUAUACCGUGAGGAGCAUGGAACGGGUCGGACCCAGUACGAGGAGUGACUGCAUGCAAUCGGAGUUAGGUUAUUUGGGUUACUGUAUAUUGCCAUAUUCUAGUCUUGGAGCAUCUCCCUUCUUGUGCAAUAAAUGUAUAUUAUCUAUCGUUAUGUUCUGGAUAUGUAUGUAUCAGCUGUAAGCAAGCUUUCUCUUCAGGCACACAAAGCCGCACGGUCGACAGUGCAGGCUGUCCCGAACAUCAAAUGGGUAUCAUGAGAGAAUCGAAUAUAGUUGCA